UUUGAGAUGCUUCAUGACCUUUUGGUGCAUUCAUAUGGGUUGAAGUCAACAAGAAGGAUGUCAUCUAGAGAGGCUUUAGGCAUGUUCCUGUGGAUGGUUGGGCCCCUGAACCUAUGAGACAAGUUGAGGAUAAGUUUACCAGAUCAAUGGAGACAAUAAGUCGGAAAUUCAAUCAUGUGUUAGAUUGUGUGUACAACCUAGCCAAAGACAUCAUAAGACCAAAGGACUCCUCUUACAGUUCAGUUCACCCAAAGCUAGCUAACCACAAGUAUGCUCCAUUCUUCAAUAAUGCAAUUGGAGCCAUAGAUGGAACACAUGUGAGAGUCAUUGUGCGUGGCAACAAGCAGGGGCCUUAUUUCAAUAGGAGGAGUGAGAAGACUCAGAAUGUGCUGGCCAUAUGUGACUUUGACAGGAGGUUCAUAUUUGUUGCAGCUGGGAUUCCUGGAUCGGCACAUGAUUGGGCAAUCCUAAGAAAGGCCAUGGAGAAGUGUGGUAAGAACUUUCCACAUCCUCCUACAGGCAAGUUUUACCUUGUGGACGCGGGCUACCUAAACCGGCCCGGAUAUCUGGCACCGUACAAGGGAGUGAAGUACCAUCAAGAUGCAUGGAAAGUUGGGCCUCGUCCUAGAGGUAAAAAAGAAAUUUUCAACAAAGCUCAUUCCUCCCUUAGGUCCGUGAUAGAGCAGUCAUUUGGUAUGUUAAAGAUGAAGUGGCGCAUUUUAUUGGGUCUCCCCCAUUAUUCUGUGCGCAAACAGGCCAAAAUCAUUUUGGCUUGUUGUGGACUGCAUAACUUCAUUUUAGAGAAUGAUAGUGACGAUUUGCACUAUCAUAUGGAUGAGCAAGAGGAGGCAUGUGCAGUAGAUGAGGCAGAUGAGGAUGAUGCUGACAAGACAUGUAAUGAUGCGGCAGUGGACGAUGAUGCCAACAUGAAUGAACUCCGUGAUGAAAUAGCUAGAGGGUGCCGCUUGGCUUCACGUUCCAGAUCUGUGUGA